CCCGGAGAACCGUAUAAUCUUAAGUGUAACACCGAAACCCACGAUGUGGCAUUAGAGGCAUUCGAGUCAUGGGGGUUUCGAUGAUCGGGGCUCCCUGACAAGGGCAAGGGCCCAUGCACUCAUAUUUGGGGCUCAAAGCGGGCCUUGAUUGCCCUGGAUGAAUUGUGGCGUACAUUAGGGCUGCUAGGGGUCCACUAUACAUACAGCAUUUUAUGAUCGCUUCGUAGAAAGGGCGGCACGGCUAGGGCCUCUGUGGCUUGUAGCAACUUUAAAGCGCAUUGUAACUGUGGUCAAUAUGCUCGGGUUAUCACACAGCCCAGAGUCUGGUUCGCCACCAGCCCUAAGGACCGCGCAUUCGGAUAUGCAGGAAGCCCUGCAGCCCGGCAGCAAGUAUCAAGUUUGGUACCGUGAAACAGCCUUCAGUCACCUUGGCGGACAUAUGGCUAAUCUGGGAUUGGCCUGGUGCACUAUCACACUAUCAAACUACCACCAUCCACGUCAUCGGGCGUACGGCCAUCUAUUGCGGACGGGAACCCCGAGGGAUCAGGCUGGUGUUUUAGCUGUGUAUUGCGUGGUGAUAGUAGUUACUUACUCCCUUGAGUAGCUCACAGGGUGUUUCGUUAGGGUGCAGCAUACCUGUUUCUAGAAGAAUCUAGAAAGGUGAUUCAUUUAGCAUGUUUCAAUAGCACUGAAUCUAUAUGGAGGCCCGUGGUACAACCGGAGAGUGGCGGACCGGAGCAAGUUGGUUCUGCACCUAUUCUGAACGGCGUUCAGAAUUUAAAGCCAUGGACAUCUGCCUAAACACUGCGACUGGGGGAUAUCCACGCCCAGGAGGCUAGGCCGGCCAGUCGCCGCCCCUACAAGAAACAUGUGGACAAGAGAGCAUGUCUUGCACGACAAUUGCAGUACAGCAAGGGAACUGCAAUACCUCCGACAUCCAUGGCUUUCCAUGGUCCAUUGCAGAAAUAACAAGAAUUGGGUGCA